AUGACAGAUCGGGGAGAGGGCUACAAUGCCCGCCUAGGCGUCAAUACUAACGAAAUCCCCACGGCACAACACUUGCCCGUGGCCUCGGGCGCCGAGCAGGAUCGGUACGGCGGCUGGUUCGGUGGCAAAGCCGAUAAAGCUACCGAAAAGAUUGAACAUGCCGCCGACAGACUCAAGGAGAACCUCCCCCGCGGCGCCGGCGCCGAACAAGAGCGCUAUGGGGGUUGGUUCGGUGGGAAAGCUGACAAAGCCACCGAGAAGCUCGAGCACGCUGCGGACAGGAUCAAAGAGAACCUGCCCCGAGGCGUUGGUGCCGAGCAAGACCGCUACGGAGGCUGGUUCGGCGGAAAUAAGGGAGACCAGGCUGCCGAGAAGCUGAGACAGAACCUCCCGCGGGGUUCUGGGGCCGAGCAAGAUCGCUACGAGGGCUGGUUUGGCGGCCACGAGCUUCCUUCUGUCGACAAGCUCGGCGAGAAGCUGCCACGUGUGUCUGGCGCCGAGCAAGAUCGGUAUGAUCGCUGGUUCGGUGGUAACAAGGGACAGCCCGCCGGCACUUGGGUCAAGGAACACUUGCCCAGUGCCUCGGGCGCCGAGCAGGACCGGUACGCUGCGCACUGGGAGGGCGUUGUCGAUCAGGUCACGGACAAGAUCAAGGAGAAGCUGCCUUCUGCCUCCCAGAUCAAUGAGAAGCUGCCCAAGGGAACUGGCGCAGAACAGGAUCAGUUUGGAAGUUGGUUCGGAGGCGACAAGUUGCCGUCUGCCUCGGACAUCAAGGACAAGAUCCCAAAGACGUCCGGUGCUGAGCAGGACCGCUUCGGCGGCUGGUUCGGCAGCGACAAGCUGCCCUCCGGAUCAAAGCUCAACGAACACCUCCCCCACGCCUCGGGAGCUGAGCAAGACCGCUUCGGAGCCCACUUUGGCGGCAAGGCAGGUCCAGCUGCAGAAGGGAUCUCAAGAAGACUGCCGAGAGUCUCCGGUGCCGAGCAGGAUCGUUACGGCUCGCACUUCAGCCUCCACCCCAGCAACCCCGUCAAUGCGGCUACAACAUCAACCCUCGGCCUCGUACAAAACGCCUUACUCCCAUCCUUUGGCCUCCACGCCGGCUUGAGCACCGUAGUCUACGCCGUCGCGCGGUACACCGACCGCGCAGACACGAAAGACUGGCUGUGGCCCUCUGGUCAAGUCGCCAACGCCUGGUGGACCGCCAUCGGCGCCCGCGUAGUUCACGAUGGUCUGUCCGUCCCCUCGGCAUGGAACUCUCUCGGAUACACCCAGAAGCUGCUCCUCACUGGUGUUAGCGCCUGGGGUGCCCGUCUGUUCUACCGCAUCGCCACCCGCAGCGUGAAGCGUGGCAAGGACGACGACCGCUACGUCGCGUUGAAGAAGAAGGACCCCAAGUUCUGGGACAAGGCCUUCUUCAGCAUGUUCUUGCCAGAGGCUGCGCUGCAGACACUCAUUGCUUUGCCGUUUACGUUGCCUUUCAGUGCGCCGUUGACCAGCGCGCGGUCAUCUGCUUUCACGGAGUUCCCCGAGACGUUCCAUAGCUUGGCUGUCUUCCUAUUCACCGCUGGUCUUGCCCUCGAGACCAUUGCGGAUAGCCAGCUUGAGGAACACUCUAGCAAGAGCAAGGAGAUCAACCGCGAGGGCGUCUGGAGCAUUGUCCGCCACCCGAACUACCUUGGCGACGCCCUCGUCCACCUGUCCUUCCCUGUCCUCCUCUACAGCGCCGGUAUGAUGCACCCCCUCGCCGCCCUCGGCCCCAUCGUCAACUAUAUUGUCCUCCGCUACCUCGGCGGCGAUAAGGUCACUGAGGCCAGCCAGGAGGAGCGCUACGCCAAGGAGAACCCGCUCAAGUUCCAGCAGCUCCAGGAGUACAAGCGCGACAAGAACAGCUUCUGGCCCAGUCUUGGGGAGUACGAUAACCAGUGGGUGUGGAUUGUUGCUGCUACUGGCGCGGUUGGUGUCGCUGUUGAGCGAGGCCUUCUUGCUUACUUUAGGGGUUAA